ACUGCUUCUGCACAAUUGUCAACAAUUAACGUCAAACGUACGUCAAAUUUGUUUGAUAAAUUGCUAAAAAAUGACCACUGCUGCGCGGCCCACGUUCGAGCCGGCCCGUGGGGGCCAGGGCCGUAACGAGAAGGACCUCAGUGCCAUAUCGCGUCAAUAUUCCAGUCGGGACCUCCCCGGACACACGAAACUGAAAUACAGGGAGCACGGCCAGGGCACGGUUGAGGAGAUCCGCUCGCGUGAUUUCCGCAAAGAGCUCGAGGAGCGUGAGCGGGAGGUCAAGGGGUCUCGGGGAGGGCGUCCGUCCGACCACAAAAGGUUGAAGUUGGACCAAGUGCCUGCGGCCAGUUUGGACGCUGACGAUCCCUUGGACGAGGAGGAUUCGGACAGUGACGAAAGCGAGGAUGACAUGGAGUCGCUCUUAGCUGAAUUGAACAAGAUCAAGAAGGAGCGGGCGAUGGAGCAGGCGAAGAAAGAGAUUGAGAAGAGGCAGGAGGAGGAGAGGAUCCGCAUGGAGAAUAUUUUGAGUGGGAACCCAUUGUUGACCCAUUAUUCGUCCGGGGCGGCCAAGACGGACCACAAGGUGAAGAGGAGGUGGGACGACGAUGUGGUUUUUAAAAAUUGUGCCAGGUCGGAGCCCGAGAAGAAGACCAAUGUGUUCAUUAAUGAUUCCUUGAGAUCGGACUUUCAUAAAAAGUUCAUGGAAAAGUAUGUUAAGUAAUGAUUGGCUCAUCUAUGUUAUUUAAUUAGGAGUAAUUUAGUCUAUUUUGUACAAUAAACUUAUCGAUUAAUUAUAAUUCUCAAAGUAAAUAAAGAUUAAAUUAAAAUAAAA